AUGACUCUAGCGGAGCACGAUGACCUGUCCCCGCAUUCGGAAGGAACGACUACGCCCGACGAGAACGAGCCCAAUUCACCGGUUGAAGGGACAUACAAUGAUGCCCGUGAAGUGUAUGGCAAGAUAGCGAGCACGAACUUUUCAAUCUUGUGCGGGGGUUUCAACGACGCCGCCCUUGGUCCUUUAAUCCCUUACAUUCAGCCGUGGUUCCAUGUCGGUCUGCUCGAAAUCUCAUACAUCUACCUCGUCAGCUUCGCCGGCAGUUUCAGCGCCUCAUUCGCGAAUAUCCACAUCUGUUCGCAUCUAGGAACGGGAGGGACGCUGCUUCUUGGCAUUGCCAUACAAUGCACCGGGUUUACAUUGAUGUUCUGGGCCCCCUCGUUCCCGUUCUUCCUAGUGGCGUUUCUCUUCACUGGAUUCGGAUGCGGGCUCGCCAAUGCCCAGGCGAAUAGCUUUACUGUUACGGUCCGCAACUCGCAUCGUUGGUUGGGAAUUCUUCAUGCAAUGUAUGGGAUGGGCACGAUACUGGCCCCUCUGGUUGCGAAUUCAAUUGCAGCACAUCUAUCAAGAUGGCAGAUUUACUAUCUGAUCUCCCUUGGCCUUGGUGCGACAAAUGCUGCGUUUGCAGCUUGGGCGUUCCGGCAUGGUUUGUUCAAGCCGAACAGUGAGGGAGCCAAGGAGGCUGCGGGACGGGAGCUGCGGGAGACAUUGGCCCAUCGGUCGCUUUGGUUUCUCACCAUGUUUUUCUUCCUAUAUUCCGGGGCUGAGAUAACCCUCGGCGUCGGGGUGCGUCAUGGUGACCCUGAAAAGGUUGGCUACGUUGCGUCCGUCUUCUGGUGCGGCUUCACCUUCGGCCGUGUUGCGCUGGCAGACGUGACACAUCGGUUUGGCGAGCGACGCAUGGUCUUCAUAUACAUCGCGCUGGCGCUCGCAUUCCAGCUCAUGUUCUGGCUCAUCCCAAACAUUCUGAUUAAUGCCAUUUCGGUUUGUUUGUUAGGAUUCUUCAUCGGCCCGUUCUACCCAGUGGGACUCUACGUUCUCACGCAGGUGGUUCCACAGGAGCUCCAUCUCGGGGCGAUAGGGUUUGCCGCAAGCUUUGGUUCGGUUGGCUGUGCUGCAUUCCCGUUCUUGACAGGAGCCAUAGCCUCUCGAGCGGGUGUUGAAGUGCUGCAGCCAAUAAUGAUAGGUUUACUAAUUGGCAUAGCAUUCUUCUGGGCUGUGGUUCCGAAGCCAAAGCGCAUCCGGUUGACUUGAUAAUGAUAAGAAAGCGACUUCUGGGACAUUAGCAAAUUUCGACUUCGCACUGGCUGCCACAUACACUUACUUGCAUACGAGUCUGGACCUUCCGCACUUGAACAUCUUGCUGAGAAUAGAUAAAGGGUGAGACCUUUUUCAAUGACAUAGUUAGCAUAUAGCAUGCAAAGCAUUUGAGGUAUUUUGGAUAGAAACAGCUAUUUCAGAGAGAAGAUUAGAGUCGUCAAAGCCUUACACAUGUAUUUCAUGGUAUGGCGUUACGACUAAGGAUGACU